GCCGUAUGUCCGCUGGGACGCGCUACCCGGAAGCGGCGGUGGCGGUUGCCAUGGAGACCGCGGCCUAGCCGGGACCGUCAUGUCCUUUAAGCGCGACGAGAGCGACCCGGGGCCGCUCGGGGCGCUGCAGAGGCGCCGCGUGGCCGAGCUGCUGGCCAGCGCCAUCCCCGAGGACGAGGCGCUGCUGCUGCGCGAUGGCAGGCUGGCGUGCUCGCUGUGUCCCCAGCGGCCCGUGUGUGACACUCUGCAGACGCUGCUGCUGCACCGGGCGGGCAGGAAGCACCUGGACAACCUGCAGCGUUCCUUCGGGCGGCACCGCUGGCCCCAGGUGGCCCUGCAGGGACCCCAGGUGACCCCGCAGGAGGCCCCGGGUGUGGCCCCAGGUGUGCAGGCGCCGCUGCUGGCGCGGACGCGCCGCCUGGCCCGGAGCGCGCUGCUGAGAGCGGCCCCGUACAGCAGCUGCUGCCGGAGAGCCACGUCGAAGGGCAGCAGCUCCCGGACCGGGAUCCCCGGGGUGAUCCCAAAAAAUUCCCAGACACCACCAGAGCCGUCCCGGAACCCCGGGAAUGCCGGGAAUGCCGAAACCCCCGGCCCUGCACACAGAGAGGGCGCUCCCAAGGAUGGGAAGCGGGGAAGGAAAGGAAAUUCCCGAAGUCCCGAGGGGCUGAGCCCGGAGCGGCUGCGGAUCCUGCGGCACCACCUGCACCUGCGCAGCCGGGGCUGGCUCCAGGAUCCCGCUGGGAACUGGGUGAAGGACGGGAACGCCGAGUUCGACUCCGACGAGGAGGAGCCGCCACCACUGCCACCAGCCUGACGUCCCCAAAUGGCCCCAGGUGUCCCCAGGUGUCCCCAGGUGUCCCCAGAGCCCCGGGAAUAAAGUGGGAAUUUUUUGGGACCA